GUAGACACCACAUAAAUAUAGAAAAAUUUGAGAAAUCGGUAGCUCUUCUAUGAUCAAGUUAUGAAUGUUUUUCUAGAGAGAUGAGUAUGUAAGUUCUAAAGAGAGAAUCAUCUCAAUAUAAGCCCAAAACAUUAAAAAGGACUUUUAAUUAAAUAUUAACUUGCUGAUAAUUAUCCGAAUUUGAUAGUCUAAUUCGUCUAUAACCAACGAUAAUUUUCAUUAGAGGAAAGUGGAAAACAACAUGUUACGAGAGGAGGUGAAAGAAAAUGAUAGUGCAUUCCUUAAAUUAGUAAAUAGUGUUGUAUUAUACCAAAAUAAUAUUUAUGAUGAUGUUCGAGAAUCCAUAUUAAAGUCUUUUAAAUUCCGUGACUCUUAAAUUUCUAUUACUAUUUUGCUUUACCUGUUUGUUGUGAUUUUUUUUGUUAAAUCAAACUAUCUAUUGCCAAGAAAAAAUUGUGAUUUAUAACCAUCAUUAUUUAGGUGAAUAUGUAAAUGUAAUUACUAUGUAAUCCUUAUCAAAAUCUUCCUAAUCUCUCUCUUUCUCUAUCCUCCUCUCCAUCUUAGUAAGAAACCAAGAAAGAAAACGUAAAAUUAAUAAAGGCUAGCCGAAACCUAAAAGCAACAACCGGAUCCGGGUUCCCGGGUUGGAGCGAGCGGGUAUACAUACAGCCGUUUGCCCUAAUCUGGCUUGACAUGCUAACUCAAACCGGUCCGCCCGGAUGCACUUUUCGCCCCUCCCCUCCCUCUCCUGCUCUGAAACUCGGGGUACGUCGUCUCUCUAACCUUCAGCUCUCAAACAAGCGACGAAAGAUUCCUCCUUUUCUGUUCCAUUUUCAUUUUUGUGCCGCCCCAGUUCUUUCAAUUCGGAUUUUGGUUUCUGGGUUAUGGAGUUCCUGAUUUUGGUUUUGUUUUGUUUGGUUUUCAAUGGAUUUUCUGAUUAUCUGCUUUAAUUAUGGGCUUUGGAUUACUCAAUGCGGAAUUCGUGAUUGUAUGUUUAAUCAUCCUAUGGCUGUUUCCGAUUUGCUGAGAUUGAGAUUUCCUUCAUCGUUUUGGAUCAAAUCUAGGGUUUUGGAGCUCCAAUUUGUUUCAGGCCUUCAUAAUUGAGGGUUGUUUUUAAUUAGGGGUGUAGGUGAAUUGCCCCGAGGAAAGUUGUUGGAACAUAAUGAGGGAACUGGCUGCUGCUAAUCUGUUGUUAGGGGUUCAGAUUUUAUGUUUUAGUUGUGGUGAUAUGAAGAAAAACAAAAAGGUUUAAUCUUUCCCCACAUUGAAAAGAAUUGGGAAUUUGGUUUCCCAAAAUUUACUGGAAAAUUGAUUGGAACAGAUUGUGUGUCAAGUUUCAUUGUUUUUGCUUCUUAUCAUUGACUAAAAUGUGGGGAUUUUCUUCACAUUGGAUGGCCUCUUGCACUUUCCUUCUCACAUCUGGAUUUCCUCCCUCUCUCACUUGCAAUCUGUUUAUCUUACUGCUCACAGGUUUUGAAGUUAGAGCUGUGAUUUUGGCCCAGUUUACAUUUGCAGUGGUUUUAGGCAAAUGGCCGAUGGUCUUGAAUUCACACCGGCGUCCUCUACACCCAAGAAGGACCCAGCGUGGAAUCAUUGCCAGACAUACCAGGACGGUCUAAGAAAACACUUGAAGUGUGUAUAUUGUGGCAAAGUCUUUAAGGGAGGCGGGAUUUAUAGAUUCAAGGAGCACCUCUCAGGUCGAAAGGGCGGCGGGCCCAUCUGUGAUAAGGUUCCUGGCGACGUCAAGGCCACGAUCCAAAACUAUCUAGAUGGCGGUGGUUCAGGGAGGAUGAGCCGCAGCCAGAUGGAUUAUCAGGAAGACUUGAGUAGUGCCGGCUUAGUUGACAAUCACGUGCAGUUGCUAGUAAACCCUCUGGAGUAUUCAGAUUCUGGUCCUAAUAAGCGUAGAAAAAAGGAUGUUGCAUGGUUGCACUGUGAGGCACUGAAAGUCAACAACAGAGUGCAGAUUAAGUGCAAAUACUGUGGCAAAAUAUUUAAGGGUGGUGGGAUUUAUCGAUUCAAGGAGCAUCUUGCUGGUCGAAAGGGCUCUGCACCUGUUUGUCUUAAAGUUUCAGAAGAUAUCCGGAAGGCAAUGCAGCUGUUAUUGGAUGAGCUUCCAGUCAGGCCUAGCAGGGGACACAAUUUGACUCUGGAAGAUAUGAAAGCUGGUAUUGUUUCCCCAAUUUCUGCUGCUGGUCCAAUGGGUAUAUUUGGUAAUCACCAUGAUGAUGAUGAUGUCAACGAUGGAGGUGGUAAUUCUGAGUCUGAAGGUGUAGAUGGGUUAGAAAUAAACCUGAAUUCCUUACUUCAUCAGGGAGGAACAGGUAAUGGGAAGGAAGACGGGACGAGAGAUAAUAGGUCUCUAGUUGCUGGUGCGGGGGGAGCUAAUGUGGAAAACUCUGUUCAUGUGAAAUUAGGCCGGUUCUUGUAUGAUGUAGGUGCGAGUUUUGAUGCUCUUGAUUCAGCUUUCUUCUCAUCAUUUAGUGGUAUGUUUUCCCAUAGAGGAGGAGCUGCAGAGGUUUUGGGCCUCUCGAGCCGUGAUCUUCGAGGCUGGAUACUGAAGAAUUUGGUCAAGGAAGUGAACGAGGAGAUCAAUAGGCAUAAGUCAACAUGGGAGAGAACUGGUUGCUCUAUUUUGGUGGAGCAAAGGACCACAGAGAGUGGUCGAAUAGUACUGAACUUCCUGGUCCAGUGUGCAAGAGGAACUGUGUUUCUGAAAUCUGUUGAUGCAUCAAACAUCGACUACUCUGCAGAUGAUCUGUAUGGUGUCCUCAAAGAAGUGGUUGAAAUUGUAGGACCCGAACAUGUUCUUCAAGUGAUUACACAUGUUGGAGAACAUUAUGCUGUUGCUGGGAAGAACCUAAUGGAUAAUUUUCCUUCUCUGUAUUGGGCCCCUUGUGCUGCUAAUUGCAUUGAUUUGAUGCUGGAGGAUUUUGGAAAAUUCGAAAUAAUUAGUGGAGUCAUCGAGAGAGCUAGAUCCAUCACCAAAUUUUUCUACAACCAGAGCGCUGUUUUGAAGCUGAUGAGGACUUUUACUUAUGGUAAUGACAUCUUACAGCAAGGAGCUACUCGAGCUGCAACCAACUUCACUUCCUUGAAACGACUAGCUGAUUUCAAACUCAAUCUGCAAACUAUGGUUACUUCACCAGAGUGGAUGGAAUCUCCUUACUCUAAGCUACUUGGGGGGAUGGCAGCUAUGGAAGUUAUUAACGACCGAUCAUUUUGGUCGGAUUGCAUUGUGAUUAUUCGCUUAACAAGUCCGCUCCUUCGUGCUUUAAAUGUAAUGAGCAGUCAAAAGAGGGGUGCAAUGGGUUAUGUACUGGCAGCUAUCUAUCGAGCGAAGGAGGCAAUUAGGAGGGAACUAACUAAGAGCGAGGAGUACAUGGUAUACUGGAACAUCAUUGAUGAAAGGUGGCAACUACAGAAGCACCUUCCUAUUCAAGCUGCAGGCUUCUUCCUCAACCCUAAAUUCUUCUAUGGAAGCGGGGGAGAGUUGCAGAUCCCCACAUCUAAGAUGUUGGACUGCAUCGAAAGGUUGGUUCCUGAACUUCCUGAUCCAGAGGUCCAAGAUAAGACUGCUGGGGAACUAAACCUGUACAAGAGUGCUGCUGGGGAUCUUGGGAGGAAGAUGGCCGUUAGAACUAGAGAAACCAUGCUUCCCGCUGAAUGGUGGUCAACAUAUGGCGGAGGCUGCCCGAAUUUGGCACGAUUAGCGGUUCGGAUACUCAACCAGCCUUGUGGCAUUCCAGUUUGCAACUGGAACCAUAUCCCCUUUGAGAAGUUGCACAGCUCAAGGAACUGCCUCGAGCGCCAACGACUGGCAGAUACCAUCCUUGUCCAAUGUAACUUUCGUCUUAAGCAAAUGUCGAAUGAAAGUCGAAAACAUAAUUCAGGAGAUGUCAUAACAUUCGAAAACAACAGUCUGAUUGAGGAUUGGAUCGCCGAAAAUGAGAUGAACUUAGAGGACUACGGGGAGAUGGAUUGGAUGGCGCUUGUCCCGUCUAACACCAACUCGAUGCAGCUGGCAUCUUCAGUUGACGAAACUGAAGACUUGGGUACAGCCUUUGGUGAUCUGGAGAUCCUUAAUGGUCUGAUCUAAAUCGUUGAGAAGAUGAAGAAUAAGAAGAGGCGUUGAUGGGUGGACAGAGAUCUAGACCUUGUUUUUCUUGUUUCCUUUGCUUUCAUGGUGGCUAUGUGUGAAAAAGCUUCGAGGACUUGUUCCUUUCUCAUUCUGGAGUGAUCUUAAUGCAGAAAUCAAAGGCUUAUUUGAACAUUUCAGCCCCUUCUUUUGUGUUGCUUUGAGUUACGAGCUUCUACUGAGUAGGAGUAACUGUUUCCAAAGUCAGAAUCUGUGUAGUAUCAGUUUCCCAUGUUUUUUUUGGGUGGUACAUAGAAAAUGUAGGAUCUUCUGGUAAAAGAUAUGGGCUAGAAUUGCUGUUUUCAUGGUGGUGGAACUUCACCUGUCAUAUACAAGUUCUCUCCUAGGGAAAGCUGUUCGCCUUUUAGUUUUUAUCCCUUCAUACCGUGAUCUUUCUCCUUCUCCUUCUCCCACUGUAAAGUACAUCUCUUUAAAUUGUCCCCCAAGGAACAUACCUCUCCAAGCAAACCGUGAAGCAGAAACUCUAGCAGUAGUAUUCGUCUCCCUUAUGUCCUAAUUGGUUUUUGGGGACCUUGCGUCACAAGUUUCCACGACCUGCACUCUUUAUAUAGCUCCUACCCUUUACCUUUCCUCGUCGGUACCGUCUUUGGAAGGUCAGUCAAAAGCAACUAUUUUUAUCUUUCUUCUCAUAGCUUCGGCAAAGCGGAAACCCUAGCCACUGCCAGAGCUCCAGCCUUGUCGUCGUCGAUGGCGGCUGGGGGAGUCGAGUGGUUUAUUUCAGUUAGUCACUCUUGUUAUAACUCAGAGUCGAAUCAUGGUUGCUGAUUUGUAGAAACCAUGGGUUAGUGGUUGAGUUGUGCAAGUCGUGUUAGUGGUUGGAGUGCAAGCAAUUACAUUUUCGUCAUUUAUCAUUAAUAAAGCUUGUCAGAUUGCAAGCAAUUGAGUUAUCAAGUCUCUUUCCAUAUGUGAAAGAGAAGUCUUGGCUGCUGUCCUUGCUUUGAGAGGAUAUGAUAAAACGCCCUUCACGUUUUUGUGACCAACAAAGAUUUGUGACGAUUUUAAGUAGAUACAAAUUUGAACAUAUAACAAAAUAGCAACCUCACU